AUGACCACCGCGCGGUUCGUCUCAACCUGCCCCGCCCGCUUACCCUCCACGCCGGCUUCCCCGAUUCCCAGAACCUCGGGGUGGGUUAUCGGUCGGGUCCCUGCUUUCCCCGCUAGGCCGCUCGGCUUCUCGCUUCGUCUCAAGCCGUCGCCUGCCAUGGCCGCCGCCGGCGUCGGCGGCAACGGCUCCCCGACCGCACCCGGAGACUCCAUAGGAUCUUCUAGGAUUGGAGAGGUUAAGAGGGUGACCAAGGAGACAAAUGUGCAUGUGAAGAUCAACCUCGAUGGCACUGGUGUCGCCGAUUGUAGCACAGGGAUACCCUUCUUGGAUCACAUGCUUGAUCAGCUGGCAUCACAUGGACUCUUUGAUGUGUACGUGAAGGCAACAGGUGACACGCAUAUUGAUGACCAUCACUCAAAUGAGGACAUUGCUUUGGCAAUUGGAACGGCACUACUUGAAGCACUUGGUGAUCGAAAGGGAAUUAACCGUUUUGGGCAUUUUACAGCACCGCUCGAUGAGGCAGCGGUUGAGGUUAUACUGGAUCUGUCUGGUCGCCCUCAUUUAAGCUGUGGCUUAGAUAUUCCUACUCAGAGAGUUGGCACAUAUGAUACACAGCUGGUUGAACACUUUUUCCAAUCUGUGGUGAACACAUCUGGGAUGACUCUUCACAUCCGUCAGCUUGCUGGGAAAAACUCACACCAUAUUAUCGAGGCAUCUUUCAAAGCAUUUGCUAGGGCCCUUCGACAAGCAACAGAAUAUGACUUGCGCCGUCAAGGCACUGUCCCCAGCUCCAAAGGUGUUUUGUCAAGAUCAUAG